UCAGUCGGCUCGUCAGCGGGUCGGUGGGUCUCUGAGGGACUGCGUCGCCGGUGGCAAGUGAGGGCUCCCGGGCUCGGACCAACGGAGCGAUGCCUCUGCGACUUGAUAUAAAGAGAAAGCUAACUGCUCGAUCGGAUCGAGUUAAGAGUGUGGAUUUGCAUCCUACAGAGCCAUGGAUGUUGGCAAGUCUUUACAAUGGCAGUGUGUGCGUUUGGAAUCAUGAAACACAGACAUUGGUGAAAACAUUUGAAGUGUGUGAUCUUCCUGUUCGAGCUGCAAAGUUUGUUGCAAGAAAGAAUUGGGUUGUGACAGGAGCGGAUGACAUGCAGAUUAGAGUGUUCAAUUACAAUACUCUGGAGAGAGUUCAUAUGUUUGAAGCACACUCAGACUACAUUCGCUGUAUUGCUGUUCAUCCAACCCAGCCUUUUAUUCUGACUAGCAGCGAUGACAUGCUUAUUAAGCUCUGGGACUGGGAUAAAAAAUGGUCCUGCUCACAAGUAUUUGAAGGACACACCCAUUAUGUUAUGCAGAUUGUGAUCAAUCCUAAAGAUAACAAUCAGUUUGCCAGUGCAUCUUUGGACAGGACCAUCAAGGUGUGGCAGUUGGGUUCUUCCUCACCAAACUUCACUCUGGAGGGACAUGAGAAAGGCGUGAAUUGCAUCGAUUACUACAGUGGUGGCGACAAACCAUACCUCAUUUCAGGUGCAGAUGACCGUCUUGUUAAAAUAUGGGACUACCAGAAUAAAACAUGUGUACAGACACUGGAGGGACAUGCCCAAAAUGUGUCUUGUGCCAGUUUUCAUCCUGAGUUGCCAAUCAUCAUCACAGGUUCAGAAGAUGGAACCGUGCGUAUUUGGCAUUCAAGCACGUACCGCCUUGAGAGCACUUUGAAUUAUGGAAUGGAGAGGGUGUGGUGUGUGGCCAGUCUGAGAGGGUCCAACAAUGUCGCUUUGGGCUACGACGAAGGGAGCAUCAUUGUUAAGCUUGGUCGGGAGGAACCUGCCAUGUCCAUGGAUGCCAAUGGAAAGAUAAUUUGGGCCAAGCAUUCAGAAGUCCAGCAAGCCAACCUGAAAGCAAUGGGAGAUGCUGAAAUUAAAGAUGGAGAAAGACUGCCACUAGCCGUCAAGGAUAUGGGCAGUUGUGAAAUAUACCCCCAGACUAUUCAGCACAAUCCUAACGGGCGGUUUGUUGUGGUGUGUGGUGAUGGUGAGUAUAUCAUCUACACAGCAAUGGCAUUGAGAAACAAGAGCUUUGGGUCUGCUCAGGAGUUUGCAUGGGCCCACGAUUCUUCAGAAUAUGCAAUUAGAGAGAGCAACAGUGUUGUAAAGAUAUUUAAGAACUUUAAGGAAAAAAAAUCAUUUAAACCAGAUUUUGGAGCUGAAAGUAUUUAUGGAGGCUUCUUACUGGGAGUCAGAUCUGUAAAUGGCUUAGCUUUCUAUGACUGGGACAAUACAGAACUCAUACGCAGAAUUGAAAUUCAGCCCAAACACAUUUUCUGGUCUGACUCUGGAGAGCUGGUCUGUAUUGCCACUGAGGAGUCAUUUUUUAUCUUGAAAUACCUGUCGGAAAAAGUCUUGGCUGCACAGGAAACACAUGAGGGAGUUACUGAAGAUGGCAUUGAAGAUGCCUUUGAGGUUCUUGGUGAGAUUCAGGAAAUUGUGAAAACAGGGCUGUGGGUAGGCGAUUGCUUCAUUUACACAAGUUCUGUGAACAGAUUAAAUUAUUAUGUUGGAGGAGAAAUAGUCACCAUUGCCCACUUGGAUAGGACAAUGUAUCUCCUGGGCUAUAUUCCUAAAGACAACAGGCUUUAUCUGGGGGAUAAAGAACUGAACAUCGUUAGCUAUUCUCUGCUGGUUUCAGUGCUGGAAUACCAGACAGCUGUCAUGAGAAGGGACUUCAGCAUGGCUGAUAAGGUUCUUCCUACCAUUCCAAAAGAACAGAGGACCAGAGUUGCACACUUUCUAGAAAAGCAGGGCUUCAAGCAGCAAGCUCUUACAGUAUCCACAGAUCCAGAGCAUCGCUUUGAACUUGCUCUUCAGCUUGGAGAACUGCACAUUGCAUACCAGUUAGCAGUAGAAGCAGAGUCAGAACAAAAGUGGAAACAACUUGCCGAACUUGCCAUCAGUAAAUGUCAGUUUGGCCUUGCCCAGGAGUGCCUGCACCAUGCACAGGAUUAUGGGGGUCUGUUGCUCUUGGCCACUGCCUCCGGAAAUGCUAGUAUGGUGAACAAACUAGCAGAGGGUGCAGAGAGAGACGGCAAGAAUAACGUGGCAUUCAUGAGCUACUUUUUACAGGGCAAGCUUGAUGCUUGCCUGGAACUCUUGAUCAGAACUGGCCGACUGCCAGAAGCUGCCUUCCUGGCCCGGACUUACUUACCCAGUCAGGUUUCAAGGGUGGUGAAACUCUGGAGAGAAAAUCUUUCAAAAGUCAAUCAGAAAGCAGCAGAAUCCCUUGCCGAUCCAACAGAGUAUGAAAACCUUUUUCCUGGAUUAAAAGAAGCCUUUGUUGUGGAAGAAUGGGUGAAGGAAACACAUGCUGAUCUGUGGCCAGCCAAGCAAUACCCACUUGUCACGCCAAACGAAGAAAGAAAUGUUAUGGAAGAGGCAAAAGGCUUUCAGCCCUCAAGAUCUGCAGCUCAACAGGAAUGUGAUGGGAAACCUGCUUCUCCUACUCCAGUUAUUGUGGCCUCCCACACAGCCAACAAAGAAGAAAAGAGUUUACUUGAACUGGAAGUAGAUCUGGAUAAUUUGGAAUUAGAAGAUAUUGACACGACAGACAUCAACCUGGAUGAAGAUAUUUUGGAUGAUUGAGCGUAAUGUUUCUUGAGAACCCAACUUCACAGAUCAUUAUUAUGGACAGGUAUUGAUUGCCACCCUGACCACAGUGCUUUGGACUCUGAGAAACUCCUUAGAUUUUUAUAUGAAAAGGCUGUGUGUGGCCCACUGGGAGUACAGUGCUUUUCUCAUCUUAGGCGUGGUUUAUGUGCAGCAUCUAAAUCACUGUUAACUUGUUAAGUAAACCAAAUGUGGGCUUUGAUUUUUUUUCAUACUGUCAUUAGACCGUAUCUCAUAAAAUCUUUUGAAUUAAUG